AUGCAGUCCUUCCUCAUUUCCACCCUUCUGGCGUCUAGCGCUGUCUUCUCUACAGCAUACGCCCAAGUAUACACCUACCCUAACGUUACUGAUAUUGAUAUCAAUGUCAGGAAUCAGUGGUGUACUUCACAAACCUCUUCGUGUAAACUUUUGUGCCAGAAUCAAGAGCUGAAGGUUUCUGCCAACGAAUGUUUCCCCGACAAUCUCUACUACCAGUGCACUUGCUCUAACGGCCUAACUCCCAAUGCAACCGAAUACUCCCAAACUAUUCCGUUUUUCAUCUGCCGUAUUGAAGUUGAAGACUGCCAGACUGCCUGUAGUGGUGAUGCCACAUGCAUCAGUCUUUGCGCCUCGGGCAAGCAAUGCGGUGCGACCGACCCCACACGAGUAAACGCUACCACAACCACUUCUUCAACUAGCAAGUCUUCUGCUACUGGAAAGUCGUCAGCCACCCAGACAGAUUCCAACGGCUUUGCCGUCACAGGGACUUCUGGAUCAUCGAGCGACGACUCAUCCAACGGUGCUUCUACAUUGUUAGAAGCUGGUAGUGUUUACGGAAUGGGUGUCCUCGUUGCAGGCUUGGCCGCUGGAUUCGCAAUUGUCGGAAUCUAA